CGUACAUGAAUUGGUCGAUCUAACUCGUUUGCCACAAUAUAUAUAUAGCUAGGGUUUUAGAUGUUUCUAGUAAAUUGACAUUUAAUUCUAGAGAGUAAGAUGAUAGAAGGAGAAAUACACAACUUCAUCAAGGUAUGGAGCAUAGCAACAACAUUGUUUUGCUAUAUCUACAAAAUAGGGAAGGUGAUUCCCAAAGGCAAAGUAAGAGUUGUAGCUCUUUUUCCACCAAUAAUAAUUAUUUUCCUUCUCCCCGUGAAUCUCACCUCCAUUCAUCUUGGAGGAAGUUGUUCAUUAUUCCUUGCUUGGCUUUCCACAUUCAAGCUUCUUCUCUUUGUCUUUUCUAAAGGUCCUCUCUCAUCAAACCCUCCUCACAAUCUCCUUCAUUUUCUCCUCCUUGCCUCCCUUCCCAUUAAAUUCCAAAAUGAUAACAAUAAAAAAAUAAAUCUAAAUAAAAUAAAAGUUGUGCCUCGAAAUUGGUUUGAGUUGUUAGUCAUGGCCAUUCUCACAUACUAUGUUUUUAUUCCACUCAAUAAAUACAAAGAAAAUUUACAUCCAUUAAUUUUGAAGUCAUUAUACUCUCUCCACCUUUACACCGGAAUAGAGAUGUUUAUUUCAAUGAUUCAUAUAAUUGUUCGGUAUCUAAUCCAAGUAGAGUUGGAGGAACCUUUUAAUAAACCUUAUCUAAGCACAUCGGUGCAAGAUUUUUGGGGGAAAAGGUGGAACAUCAUGGUCUCGCGUAUCCUACACCCCACCGUAUAUGAACCCAUGGUAAAAGCAAGUAGUAAAGUCAUAGGGAGAAAGUGGGCCCCACUUCCUGCUGCUGUAGCAACAUUUUUGGUGUCGGGGUUGAUGCACGAAAUGAUGUUCUAUUACAUUAAGCGAGAGAAGGCCACGUGGCAGGUUUGGGAACCAUGUUGGGAUUCAAUGUGUUUUUUUCUUAUCCAUGGUGUGUGUGUUGCUCUUGAGAUUGCAUACAAAAAGAUCUUCAAACCGAAACACCGUUUAUUGCCGAGGUUUGUGUCUUGCAUUCUUACAACGUCCUUCGUUGUUUCUACCGUAUUAUGCCUCUUUGCUCCGGCUCUUCUUAGGUGUAUAGUGUAACAUUCAAAAACAAAAGUUAGGUUUCCUUUAGUUUCUAAACACAUUUUUAUUUUCAUUUUUAAAUUUUACUUUGUAACUAGGUUGCUAGUAUUGAUUUAGUUUAUAAGAAAAUAAUUGUAAUGUUAAGAUAUAUUUAUUGUUUAAAUAAUUUUUUAUCAUCA